AUGGGAAACUGCUUAACUUUCUUAAUCCCACCUAAAACCGCCCCAGAAACCCCUAGAGGGAGUGUUGAAGUACUUACUUCAAAGACUGAAGAAGAAUACGAAAGAAAAGAAUCUGAGAUGAAAGAAAUAAAAAAAUUUGAAGAAAAUAAAACAAAGUUUGAGUUUAAAAAGUAUUAUCGGCAGAUUUCGAUUAAAAAGGCGGAAGAAGAGAAAAAGGACCUAGAAGAUAUUAAGUGGGCGAAAGAGGUGUUUAGAGAAGAAGAGCUGGGGCAAUAUGCUGUGUAA